UUUUGGACCAAUCAGCGCCCAGGCGAGGCGAGGGCGUGAGGGUCCGCAGUCUAGAGGGUACAGUCAGUCCUUUGGGCGAAUUGACUGCACACGCGACCAGCGUCUCUCACGCCCAUCUUUUUUAGUUCAGAAGAAGAAGAAGUCACCAUGGCGGACGAGGAAGCAAAGAAGAAGCAGGAGGAGAUCGACCGCAAGAAGGCGGAGGUCCGCAAGCGCCUCGAGGAGCAGAGCGCUAAGAAGCAGAAGAAGGGUUUCAUGACCCCUGAGCGUAAGAAGAAGCUCAGGUUGUUGCUCCGUAAGAAGGCCGCUGAGGAAUUGAAGAAGGAACAGGAGAGGAAGGCCGCUGAGAGGCGUAGGAUCAUUGAUGAGCGUUGUGGCAAGGCCAAGAACCUCGAUGGUGCAAACGAAGACGCCCUUCGCGCAAUUUGUAAAGAAUACCACGAACACAUCGCCAACAUUGAGAGCGGCAAGUAUGAUCUUGAGAUGGAAAUCAUGAGGAAGGACUAUGAGAUCAACGAGCUGAACAUUCAGGUCAACGAUCUGCGUGGCAAGUUCAUCAAACCUACCCUGAAGAAGGUGUCCAAGUACGAGAACAAAUUCGCCAAGCUGCAGAAGAAGGCUGCUGAGUUCAACUUCAGGAAUCAGCUGAAGACUGUCAAGAAGAAGGAGUUCGAGCUCGAGGAUGACAAGGGCGCGACAAAGCCUGACUGGGCGGCAGGCGGACCAGGAGCCGCUAAGAAGGAAGGGGAAGAGGGCGCUCCGGCGGAGGGUGAUGCUCCUGCAGAGGAAGCCGCUGCGUAAGAAGGAUGACCCACCUACAGGAGAAGCAGCAGAAGGAGAAGAAGAUGUACGUGUACUGUGUCGUCGUCGUCGUCUGUGGCAACCUGCGUCCCCUGUAAUUCUUCGUGUCCCGCCAAAGUGUAUUUUCUCAUUAAGCACUAAUCAAAUUCCGAGCGAAACUUCAAACUUCGAAGCUGAUGUCAGUAUCGAAGACGUCACCAACAAAGAAUCAUUGAUCACGUCGGUUGUAGAUAUUGACUCGAAAUUGCGUUGUUAUAAUCAGCAUGAGAUUUACACCAACUGUUUGAGCAAGUGCUCGGCGCUCUCAACAAAUCGAAGAGCCUCGCGGCUCUGGACUGACUGUGAACAUCUAUAUAACUGCUUCUAUAUCAAUAAUAAAUUUGUAUUACUGA